AUGAAGCUGUCCAAUCCGUCAGAAGUCCCGGUAUAUACCAUCUCGGGUUCAGACAGCGCUCGGCCUCUCCCCGAAUGGCUUGCGAGGCGCCGAAAGCGCAGUUUGAAAAAUGACCCCGAGUACGCGAAUCGGGUUGAAUUACUACAAGACUUUGAGUUUGAGGAAGCAAGUCAUUGUAUUCGAGUCAGCGAGGACGGUGAAUGGGUGAUGAGCACAGGAACUUACAAGCCGCAAAUCCACACUCACUAUCUCCCGCAAUUGUCCCUUUCAUGGGCGCGCCACACUAGUGCUCUCAACACUACAUUCAUUCUACUGUCUUCCGAUUACACAAAAUCCCUCCACCUCCAAUCCGAUCGAUCUCUUGAGUUCCACACUCCCUCCGGUUGUCACUACACCACCAGACUGCCCCGAUAUGGACGUGACAUUGUAUACGACCGACAGUCGACAGAGGUGCUUGUACCUGCCGUCGGUGUCAAUCAAGAUGGCAUGGGAGAGGUAUACCGAUUGAACUUGGAGUUGGGCCGAUACAUGCGAAGCUUCGAGGUAGAUGUCGGAGGCGACGAUUUCACAUCCACUGGUGGCGGAACUCUUCAGGGUGGAAUCAACACUGGCUCGGUCAACACUGGUGCCAUUGCGGAGGAGAGUCACAAUUUGUUGGCCUUCGGAACUUCAUUGGGCACAGUUGAGCUUUGGGAUCCUAGAGCAAAGGGACGCGCAGGUGUGCUGCACGCACCUACACAAUUUGGACUCAGCGACGAGCGAUCAGAGAUUACCGCCUUGGAGUUCAACCGCUCAGGUAUGAGCCUUGGAACUGGCUCGUCUACUGGUCUCAUUCACUUGUACGACCUGCGUUCUCCUAUUCCUUAUCAGGUGAAGGACCAGGGAUACGGGUUCCCUAUCCACACUCUUAAAUUCCUCGAGCAGUCGACGGCGACACAAGCUGCGACAAUUGAACCCAAGUUGCUCUCGGCUGAUAAGCGCAUCAUCAAGCUCUGGGAUAUUGAAGAUCAGAAACCUUGGACCUCUGUUGAGCCGGCUGUGGAUCUCAAGUCUGUUGCCUGGUGCAAGGACAGCGGCAUGCUCCUCACAGCGAACGAAGGCCGACAACAGCACUCAUUCUUCAUCCCGCAGCUUGGCCCCGCACCAAAAUGGUGCUCAUUCUUGGACAACCUGGUUGAAGAGAUGGCUGAGGAUCCCAAUGAUCCUAGUGCAUUCAAAUCUGCCCAGUCUAGCUCUGUCUGGCCCGGCUUCACACUUGUGCCUAGUGAACAGGUCGCGAAAUGGGACGAGAAGCUUAUCAAGGCAGGCGGAGAGCCCAUUGAUUUGGCAUCCUACUUGCAGGCAGGAAAGAUGGUGCCUUACUCCAAGGGCUACCAGGUGGCAAACUUCGUGUACAAUUCUAUUACUGGAUUAUUCCCCGAUACAGAAAACCCUCGGGCAAAGAAGGUGGCCGAAAUUAUGAACAAGGAGCGGGAGAGCCGUAUCCGCGGCAAGAAGAAGGUCGCUGUCAAGGUGAACAGAAGAUUGGCCGAGAGAAUGUUGAAUGCAGAGGAGAAGAGGGAGCGCAAGCAUGCCAAGCGUUUACUGGAAGGCACAGCCGACCAGGAGAUGGCCGACGUGGAUGGAACCACUCCUGCCGAAGGCAAGGAGAAGGCUGUACUGGGCGGUGGCCGUUUCGCUCAGCUGUUCGAGGACCAGGAUUUCGCUGUCGACGAGACUUCGCGCGAGUUCCAAUUGCUGAACCCCAGCACAGUUCCUCAGGCUGCCACAACAACUUCGAGAAAGGAACGUGGUUUGACGGCUGUGGAGCAAGAGGCUGUCGACGACGUGCCUGGCUCAAGCUCGGACGAUUCCGACUCCGACAGCGAGUCGGAAAGACCUGCGAAGGUAGCACCCUCAAAGAAGAUCUCUUCCGCAGAUUACAAGCGUACGAAGCGGCCUCCGCCUCGUAUGCAAGUGUCUUCCUCGAACCAAGCCCACUCCGCCCGAGACCGUUCUUUCGGCUCUCGUGCACAGAACAUGAAGUCGAGACAAAAGCCUGCACGUCGGAUUGGUGUGGUUGGCGAGCAAGAGAUCAGCUUCAAUCCGGCUGGCAAACCGAAGCGUACCGCUCCCGAAGUGCGCUACGACAAGACCGAUACUUCGUUCCGGGCGAAGGAGCGCCGCAGUGCUUCUGGCAACGCUUUCCGCAAGAUGUAA